ACCUGAAUAUGAGGCCAGCCAAUCUUAUAUUUAUACAUUAUACGUUGUUCUAUGUAGUCCAUACAUCUAGCUAUGUGGCGACUACUGCAGGGAAAUUUAUGUUUCGACCCAUUGGAGAGGACUUGAAGCUGUUUUACCAAACGGACACUGCCCAAAGUGAUGUAACAUGGAAAUGGACCUCGCCUAACUCACAAAUGAAAGGAAAGAUUGCCAUUACUAAAUCAAUAUUGCAUACCAGCCCGAAAUUUCAGAAUCGUGUAAGUGUCUUAAAAGAUGCCCUGCAACUCGCACCGUUGGAUUUUUCAGAUGCUGGCACAUAUACCAGUGAUUUUGGAAUGAUUAUAAAUCUUGUAACAGUUCAAGUAAAAGCAGAUCCAUCUACAGUGGUUUCCUAUGGUAGCAACCUGUCUCUCAUCUGCACAGUCUCCCAUGUACCGGACAGCAACAUGGCACUGGUUUGGGCAAAAAUAAAUAGGACCAUAACUAUACAGGUUAAAAGGCAAAUACUGAAUUAUAAUACAUUGGAAAAUAUCAUGAUUGUUGAUUGUGUAAAUGAACAACCUACAAACUGGGCAUGCUUGGUAUUCCACAAAAGCCAACUUGUUGCUAAAUUACCAGUGCCAUUAGAAUACCCCAAGCUUCCAGUUCCAGAGGUAACAACCGGCACCUUCACUACUUCUACUUUUCAACUAGAUACAAUGAUCAACACAGAAUUAAGCACUAGGGACACAUUGGAUCUGGAUAAUUCAACUAUCAUAACAGUUUGCAUUCUAAUUCCCCUCAUUCUUGUGCUACUCUUGUUAAUGUGUGUAAUGAAAACAUUACCAAAGCCAGAUUUGACUGAAGAACCAAGAGCAAGUAAUGCUGAAGAGGUACAAUAUAUUACUGUGGUGUUUAAAAAGCCAGCGACAGGAAUUUCAAGAGGGAUGGAAGCCAAUCAAGGUGCACUCUGUAGUACUGCAAAUGGGGAAGAGAUUUAUGCUCUCAUCAAAUAAAAACCGGUUGGAUGUUGAAUUUCCAUGAUAAGGAAAACACAAAAUCAAGAGAUUAUGCAAAUGAUGCAAGUCUAAUUCAAUGAUCAUGGGCACAGCAUUGCCUUGUUUCUUCAACUAAUGGAUACUUAUAUGGGGAAAAAAAACCCAGAUGACUGUGUUUAGAUAAGACUAGUGGAAAAAAAAUCAAAACCAGGGGCGAUUAAGGAGCAAAAGGAAAUACAAAUGGAACCGCCAUCUGGCUCACACAGCAUUCAUUUUUAUGGAAGAAUGCGUGGCGGUGUGCAAGCUGUGCAAAUCAUACAGCUCCAUCUAUUGAGUGUUCUAUAUUUCAAGUAAGGAUGCACCGAAUACCGAACCGAAUCUGAAUUUGAAUAAGGAAGGGUUAAAGAGAACCGUGCACUUAACUCAUGGUGAAACAUACAAAAAAUCAGGUGAGUUUAAGGAUUUGGCUUUGGUUCGACCAGAGGCAUGGCUUUGGCCGAAUCUGAAUCCUGCUGGAAAAGGCUGAAUCUUGGACAAAUCCUGAACUGAAUCCUGGAUUCGGGGCAUCCCCAAUUUCAAGUUCAAGUUUGACAGUGAAUAUAGUAUUGGACAAUACUGACACUAGCUUGAUUUCAGAGAUGUUCAACUUGACUUGUUGCUUAUUCUAUGGCAGGGGUCCCCAAUCUUUCUUACUUGUGAGCCACAGUGAAAUGUAAAAAGACUUGGAAAGCAAA